AGACCCUUCGUCGUCCACCACCAUCGAAAAGAAUAUAAACGCCGAGCUGCUCGUUUCUCCAAUCCAAAUUUCCCCAAUCGGGCCAAAAACCCUAAUUCCCCUUAAAUCGCAGAACCGAAAAAGACUACAAAAAUGAAAUUGUAAGAAGGAGAAAAAAAUGGAGUUAUUAAGGAACCAACGCCAUGGCUAAGGAGCGCGACGCACCAACAACCCCGAUAUCUUCUUGGGGGACAUUGGAAGAGCUGCUGCUGGCCUGCGCCGUGAACCGCCACGGCACAAAGAGCUGGGACUCCGUAGCCGUAGAAGUCCAAAACCGGACUUCCAGCCUCUCCUCCCUCACUUCGCAGCAGUGCAGGGACAAGUUCAAUGACCUCCGGCGACGGUUCAUGCCUCCGAGGAGGGAGGAGCCGCCGCCGGCCGCGGCGGCGACCAGUUUGGUCCCUAUGGUCGACGAGCUCCGGCGGCUCCGCGUCGAGGAGCUGCGACGUGAGGUCCAGCGGCGGGACGUCUCGAUCGAGUCUCUGGAAUUGAAGGUGAAGCGAUUGGAGGAGGAGAGGGUGGGAGGCGCGAAGGAGGAGGCAGAUCUAGGGAAGGAAGAAGGUCGGCCAACGUCGGCCGCGAAAUCCGCCGGCGGCUGCUACGAUUCCGGGGAGGAUCGGUCGUUCAACGAGUCUAAUUCCACGAGUCAGCAACAGAAGGCCGUGAACGCGGCCGCGAAGGAGCGGAGCGAGGAGGAAGAGGAGGGAGAAGGGGACACGAAACCCGAACCGGCAACCAAGUCCGAAUCGGAUCCGGUCCACUCCUACCCGUCCGCUGAGGAGCGGAUUUGCUCCUACGACGUCAAAUCGGAAGGAGGCGGAGGGAAUCCUGAGGAGAAAUCGCCCAGCGAGACGGAGCCAAGACCGAGUCAGACUCCGCUCGUCGGCGAGUCGAACGAAUUGGGCGAGUCGGUGGGGGAGUCGAAGCGGGAGGAGAAAGAGAAGGAGAAACAGAGCAGUGACGUGCAGAGCUCUGUGAGCCUGACGCUGAGGAAGAAGAAACGGCGUCGUAGGGGCGGAGUAAAUGGCGAUGGCGGCGGAGGCGCUGGAGUCGCCGCCGUGACCAGCAGCGGCGAAGAGCCCGAGGGUGGCGACGAGGUAUCUCCCGCCAGGAAGCGGGUCGCCGCUGUGAAAUCCGAACCGUUGGUUAGAAUCCUCGAGAUCAUCCGGUCCCAUAGGCUCGGUUCUGUUUUUGAACGACGGCUCCGGAGCCAGGAAUCGGAGAGGUACAAGAGCUUGAUCCGGCAGCACAUCGACCUCCGGACGGUCCAGCUCCGCCUCGACAAAGGAGUGUACCUCAGCUGCAUCCCCAAGUUCUACAGAGACCUCCUCCUUCUCUUCAACAACGCCAUCCUCUUCUUCCGGGAGACCUCGCCGGAGAAUCACGCCGCCCGGGAGCUACGAGGUCUCGUCCUCAAGAACAUGAAGGACAAGCUGCGUAAACCUGCUCCUCCGCCUCCUUCUAAAUCUCAAUCCCAAUCCAAACCUGCUCCGCCGCCGCCGCAGCCUCCUGCCCCCUCUGCAACCACGACCAAAAACUUAAAGACUACUAGUACUACUACUGACGCAGCUCCAGCUCAGAAGCGGCAAAAACAACCCGAGAAGCCCGAGGCCAAGCCCGAGAAGUCUACCUCCACUCUGGUCUCCUGCGGGAACAAGCGGAGCUCCUCCCUGAAGGGAGGAACAUCGGAGAAGGAGAAGCCUGCUUCGAAGAAAGUGGUGACUACUACUUCCAAUAAGCAGAAACAGAAAGAAGCAGAGGAAGUUAAGCCGAAGACGAAUCCGAAAAAGGCUGAGGCCUCCGUGGCGCCUAAAGCUGUUGAGGAAGAGAAGCCAAUUAAGAAGUCUCCGACUACUACGAAGGAGACGACCAAGGAGAGGCCUGCUGCUGCGACAACGGCAUCGACGAAAGGACGGAGGAAUGUUAGAACCGGGGCCAGCAAGAAUGGAGAGGUUAAUAGUAAUAAACACAAGUACGGCGGCAACGAGCUGAGCUCUCACGAUGCCGCAGAUUCGAAAGCGGAGAGGAGCAACAAUAAUAACAAAGACGAGAAUAAUAGCACUACUAGCGUGAGGAAGAGGCAAGGCGCGGCUAGCUUCCUGAAGAGGAUGAAGCAGAACAGCGACGCGACGGAGGAGAAAGAUGACGAUGAGGGCGGUGGCGACGAGGAGUCGUCAUCGUCAUCCUCUUCGUCGGAAGAGGAGGAGGAGGUGGGGGAGGAGAAGGAGAAGAGGAGGGAAGUUAAUAAUGCUGGGAAGGAGAAGGGUAGUAAUGGUAAGGCGGGGAGUCGAGGUGGUCGGGGUGGUACUAGAGAUGUUACCAGGGAGCGGCCGCCCAUCACGAGGAGUUCCAGGGGCAGAGGAGGGAGGGAGGAGGGCGGGAAAGGGAGGAGAGGUGGCGGAAGAGGCGGGAAGAGCGGCGGCGGUGGUACUCCGGCCGCGGCGGAGGGAGGGAAGAGAGGGAGAGAUCAUGAUGGUGAAGGGGGUGGAAGUGGAGGGAGGGCUAGGAAGAGGGCAAGGAGAUAGAUGAUUUUUUUUUUAAAAUUAUGAUUGGAUUUUUGUUGUAAAAUGUAAAUUAGCAUGGGAAUUUCCAAAGUUUUUUUUUACUUCUUUUUUUUGGUGGGUUUUUUUAUUUAUUAUCUUUUGGGUAGGCUUUUCACUUUUGGAAGGUUUCAUUUAGGAUGGAAAUGGGUGGCUAAAGUGGAUGAAUAGAGGAAGAAAGAAGAUGAGGGUUUUUGUAUUUUGUUGGUGAAGAACUUGUAGAAAGUAGUGGUCUUUCUUCCUUGGUAAGGCUCCAUUUGGAGCAACUAUGAAUUAGCCUAGCCAUUUCUUGGGUAUGACCUUAUAAGAGUCAUUUAUUGGGUAUGACCUGAAUGAUAAGAGCCAUGUUUCAAAAAUCAUUUUGGUAAAAUCAAGCUGACAUGAUUUUCCAAGUACAAUUAAACUACUAUGGUGAAUCAGUUCAAUAGUUUUAAGUUUUUAUCGAAAUUCG